GUGUCCGUCCCUCCUCUCUGUCUCCUUGUCGGUGUCUGGCCAAGCUCCUCUCCUCUCUGUCCUGCUCUCCACCUGGCCUCCAUGAGUUUAACAGAGGACAAGCCAUUCCUCCCUGGAAGAUGGGAAAUGCUUCAGACACAUCUGCUGUGUUUGCCUCCACCAUCUCCAAGGAGCACGACAUCCUCAUGGGCUCACUCUACAGCGUCUUUUGUAUACUGUCCCUCAUGGGCAACUGCAUUCUGCUACUUGUUGCAUAUCACAAGCGGUCGACCUUGAAGCCAGCUGAGUUCUUCAUCAUUAAUCUCUCCAUCAGUGACCUUGGGAUGACACUCUCUUUAUUCCCACUGGCAAUACCGUCAUCUUUUACACACAGGUGGCUGUUUGGAGAAAUCACCUGUCAGCUCUAUGCUAUGUGUGGAGUAUUGUUUGGUUUAUGCAGCUUGACCAACCUCACAGCCCUCUCCUUAGUGUGCUGCCUUAAAGUCAGCUUCCCCAACCAUGGUAACAAGUUCUCCUCGUCACACGCCCGCCUCCUGGUCGUUGGAGUUUGGUGUUACGCGUCCGUGUUUGCUGUGGGGCCCUUGGUACAGUGGGGGCGUUACAGUCCUGAACCUUACGGCACAGCCUGCUGCAUUGACUGGCAUGCACCCAACCACGAGCUUUCAGCUUUGUCCUACAUUGUUUGCCUUUUCCUCUUUUGCUAUGCACUGCCCUGCACCAUCAUCUUCCUCUCCUACACUUUCAUUCUGCUGACGGUGCGGGGGUCGCGGCAGGCCGUCCAGCAGCAUGUGUCACCACAGACCAAGACCACCAAUGCACACGCUCUCAUUGUCAAGCUGUCAGUAGCAGUAUGUAUAGGCUUCCUGGGUGCCUGGACUCCAUAUGCUGUCGUGGCCAUGUGGGCUGCUUUCGGAGACGCCACACAGGUUCCUCCCGACCUGUUCGCCCUCGCCGCCGUGUUUGCCAAGUCUUCCACUAUCUACAACCCUAUGGUCUACCUGCUGUGUAAGCCCAACUUUCGUGAGUGUCUCUACAGAGACACCUCUAUCUUAAGGCAGAGGAUCUACAGGGGGAGUCCGCAGUCAGAACCGAAAGAACGUUUCGGAUCGACCUCGCAGCGCAACAAGGACAUGAGCAUCUCCACGCCCUUCUCAAAUGGACAGCAGGAGAGCUACGGGACGUGUCUGCACUGCACUGAGAACGCAGUGCCGUGUCAUGUGACGACACCCAAAAGGACUGCCUGCAUCCUGACAGGAUCCACCUACACAGAGGUGACAGUUAGCCAACGCUCUGCAAAACCACAGGCUGAUUUCCUUUAGUGGUACAACCGCCUUCUUUCAUGAUGCAAACUAGACAGAGCAGGUGCUCAGAAAGACAAAGGGACUACUGGGCAAGGACAAAUUAAAAAAAAAAAUCACCUCAGACGAUUUUCCACAGAAAUGAUGAGUGUAAUGUCUUGAUGCCUACGUCUGUGUCAGCUUGUUUUCUGUUUCAUUUUAAUGUGUUUAAAUGAUUUCUUUAUGUUUUUGAUUAGCAUAAAUUGACAGAGGUGCAUACACGGAAGUGUCUAUAAUCUCUAAUGCAUAUUAGAUUAUAGAUGCUCAUUUUUGUCUUCUACUUCCUAUUUUCUAUAUUUAUGUGUAUUUACUGUAAAAAUGAAGCCAUCGAUUCAAAUAAAUUAAUCUUUGGAUUUUAAUCAGCUAUAAUGACAACCACGUCUGAUCCUGCACAUAUGCAUCAAAAGACUGAUAAUUCGUGUUCCCCUAAAAACAGAACGUAAACAGCAUUUUGCUAUAUUUAAUUCUGCUCUCCCUUUUUAAUGUGGUACUGUCCUGUGUGGCUUCAUGUGUGCAUAUAAAGAAAAGCAAACUGUAUGUGUUGAUAUCAUUAUUAAAAGCAAAUUCUUGUGCAGCUUUAUUUACUAAAGAAAUAAAAACAUUGAAUCAUC